GUUUUCGGGGGGGGGGGGGAUGUUAAUAAAAUCAACUUAAAAUCUACUCAACUGGCCUGUAAUCGAAUGAACGUUCGAAAAGGAAAUUGGGAUUCGUACAGGAAAAAAACAUUCAAAUACUUAAAUAAAAAAAUUCUGUUUUAUCAAAUGAAAACCAAUAUAUGAAUGUCACCGUCGUACCCCAAAACUGUAAGGAAUUACUAACGGUGAAGUGAAUAACGCCUGGAUUUUGUUUAAUGUACUUCUCGACUGCGCAACUUUGCUGACGUUCCCUUGAGUUUCGGUGACGUUAUUGUCGAAGUUUGUAGUCGCCUAGCAACAUAGAACGCCGCGGUAGGAGAACCCCGUCCGUCUGCUGCAGCGCCGAGACUCCGAUGUGAUAAUGGUGUUUGUUUAGCUACAGUUUUAUAAUGUGAGCAAAUGGUGCAUGUAUUUAUGGGACCACGAAUGAUGACGUCGUUGGGUACCUGUCCGAUAAUACACCGCAGUUCCCAUAGCAAGAGGAUGCUGCUGUGGUUUUGAUAACAAGGGGAGUGAUGUCUUGAUGUUGUGGUGUUUUAACUAGAUGUGAUAGCCAUCAAUCUAUAUAGUAACAAGAUUGAUAGUGAUGGCAUUUAACAAAAGCGGACUGGAAAAACUCGAAUAUUUCGUUUGCAUUUCAUUUGGUUUAAAGACAGGUGGUUGCUCAUUAGCAAUAGCCAACAAAUUGCAGAUUGUUUCUGGAAAUUGCUGAUGUAAUGGUACCAGUGAUAUGUGAUUAAAAUAAAGUAACUGCUAGGUGACUGACGCAUAGCAAAGUUGGCCAGCCAGCAAGCAAGCCACUUUGUGUCACGUUUUUAUUAAGUAUGCGUCAAUUCUCUACUUUAUUUAGCGCCAUAGCUUUGUAACGUUACAGCAAACCAGUCGUAAGCAAAAAUGGCUUCAGAGUCCGUCAAGGUGGUAGUCAGGUGUAGGCCAAUGAACGACAGAGAGAAGGCACUGAACUGUAAAACGGUGGUGUCUAUUGAACCAAGUCGAUGUCAGUGUUUUAUCGAAAAGCCCGGAGCGACAGAGGAGCCCCCCAAACAAUUCACAUUUGACGGAGCCUACUUCACCCACCAGUCAACCGAGCAGAUGUACAACGAGAUCGCCUACCCUUUGGUGGAGGGGGUGACAGAGGGCUACAACGGGACGAUAUUUGCGUACGGGCAGACCGGGAGUGGGAAGUCGUUCACCAUGCAGGGAGUGGCCGAGCCUCCCGCGCAGAGAGGAAUCAUCCCUCGCGCCUUCGAGCACAUCUUUGAAAGCAUCCAGUGUGCUGAAGACACUAAAUUCCUUGUGAGAGCUUCCUACCUUGAAAUAUAUAAUGAGGAGAUCAGAGACCUCCUGGGAACUGAGACCAAACAGAAAUUAGAGCUGAAGGAGCACCCGGAGCGGGGCGUGUAUGUGCGGGAUCUCUCCAUGCACACGGUCCACAGCGUUGGGGAGUGUGAGCGCAUCAUGGAGCAGGGCUGGAAGAACCGAUCUGUGGGCUACACCCUGAUGAACAAGGACUCCUCCCGAUCCCACUCCAUCUUCACCAUCCACCUGGAGAUCUGCAACACAGAUGGGGCAGGGGAGGACCACCUGCGUGCUGGCAAGCUGAACCUGGUGGACCUGGCAGGCAGCGAGCGCCAGUCCAAAACGGGCGCGACGGGCGAGCGCCUACGCGAGGCCACCAAGAUCAACCUCUCCCUGUCGGCGCUGGGCAACGUGAUCUCUGCUCUGGUGGACGGCCGCUCCAAACACGUCCCCUACCGCGACUCCAAGCUGACCCGCCUGCUGCAGGACUCGCUGGGCGGGAACACUCGCACCCUCAUGGUGGCCUGUCUGUCCCCUGCCGAUAACAACUACGAGGAGACUCUGAGCACCCUGCGCUACGCCAACCGGGCUAAGAGCAUCCAGAACCGCCCACGGAUCAACGAGGACCCCAAAGAUGCCCUGCUGCGGGAGUAUCAGGAGGAGAUCAAGCAGCUGCGCGCCCUCGUCUCUGGCCAGCUGGGCGGCGCCACCCUGUCCUCUCUGCUGGCCAGCCAGAUGUCUGAGGCACCCCCUGGUGUUAAGUCUCGUCGCCAGUCCAACACCACAAUGGACAGUGAGGCUGAGACAGAGAAGAUAAAGCAGGAGUAUGAGGAGAAACUGGCCAAGCUGCAGGCGGAGUAUAACGCAGAGCAGGAGUCCAAAGCCAAACUGCAGGAGGACAUGCUCACCCUGCGCACCUCCUUCCAGUCCAAACUCUCCAGCUUGGAGAAGACCAGAGGCAGCCAGGCCCCCCGACACAGAACCGGUGUUACCAGCAGCAUGACUCCGCCUGGAGAGGAUGUGUCUCGGCCUGGGACUGCCCCCCCCCAGGAGGUCACAGGGGUUGAGCAGGCUCUGGCUAAGAUGAACCAACCACAGGGGGCCGGUCAUGUGACCAUAGAGGAGGCAGCGGAUUCGCCUCCCAUUGCUACUCCAGGACCACUAGACCAAAAACAGGUUCUGGAGAGAUUGCAGCAGUUGGAGAAGGAGUUUGUCGGGGGAGAGCAGGCUCGGAAUGAGGAGCUUCGACAGAAACACAGGCAGAGGAAGACUCUGGCCGACCAGAGGAAGAAACAGCUGAUCGACGCACUGGCGGACAGCAGCGAGGACAGCGACAGUGUCCUGCUUCAUGUAUACGACUCCAUCCAGGAAGAGGUGCAUGCCAAGAGUCGAGUCCUGGACAGCACUCAGCGCAAGUUGAAGGCAGCGAAGAUCGAGAUCCGUGAUCUGCAGUCGGAGUUUGAGCUGGAGAGAGAUGACUACCUGGCCAGCAUCCGGCGGCUGGAGCGCGAGGGGCAGCUGCUGCAGGGCAUUCUGGAGCGCGUGGCGCCGCUCAUCCGCCGCGACUGUAACUAUAGCAACCUGGAGCGCGUGCGCAGGGAGGCUACAUGGGACGAGGACAGCGCCACCUGGAGGCUGCCAGAGAUCACGCUGCAGAAAACCGCCCUGCCGGCAGCAGUACCUCCUGUGUCUGGCGGCAGUCAGGGAGGGGCUCCUGCGUGCCGGGUCUUGGCGGGAGACGGCAGUGACUCGCUGGAAGAGGACAGGUAUAAAGAGAUGCUGAACCGCAGUGACAGUGAACACAUUGCCAGUAACUACUUCAAAUCAAAACGAGCCAAUCAGCUGCUCGCAUCUGAGCCCAAGAGGAAUCUGGCACCCCUCGGCCCCACCCUCAGCACUGGAGCCCCCCCUCUCACCUCCAGCACCUCCAGCUUCGCCCCCCCAUCUGCAGAGUCUCAUCUGCCCCGCCCCUUCCGCCUGGAGUCCCUGGGAGUCCCUGGCACUGGCGCUAAGGUCAAGCGCAAGAAAAGCAGAAGCCACAUCUCUUAUGAUGGAAACUGAAGCUGGGCCUGAACAUGACACUCUGGGUGUGACAAGUUGGUGUGCACCCCAAGUUCACAAGGGCCACCUCUGUCACACAUCUUCAGGUAUUUGCAGAAAUCCUGUCAUCUGUUUUUGAGAAUCCAGGAAAAGGAGCCACGAUGUGAUGACCGUUAGGUAGGGGAUGGGUGGCUAGACCAGGAGAACAGGCCAGGCCUCAGUGCACACUCAUGCAGAACAGGCCUCACUGCAUGCUCAUGCAGAACAGGGCUCAGUGCACGCUCAUGCAGAACAGGGCUCAGUGCAUGCUCAUGCAGAACAGGGCUCAGUGCACGCUCAUGCAGAACAGGGCUCAGUGCAUGCUCAUGCAGAACAGGGCUCAGUGCACGCUCAUGCAGAACAGGGCUCAGUGCAUGCUCAUGCAGAACUUGACUCGCUCAUGCCUGCAGAUUGAUCAACAGCCUCUCUGGAUCAUGGCUGUAAAAUUUUUUAAAGCCCUUUUGUUGAAGCUGCCUUUUGCAAUGUUUUUCCUAAAUCUUUUUGAUGCCGUGCUUCCUCUGGUGUAAUACCUGAGAGGCUGACCUGGUCAGCUGCAGAGUAAAAAGCAGCGGUAAGGCGGUAAGGCCUCCGACGAUAAGCUUGCUAGUCUGAGCGUACCGGUACACCUGGAUGGGACAGUGAGAGGUGAAAACCUAGUGCUAAUGUAGCACAAGGACUGGCUUCGUGUUAUUGGCAUACAAGGGAGUGAUUCUGAAUUUGAAUGAAGUUUUUUGGUCGUCUUACCCUCGAGGUCACGUGACUCUGGGGAAGUACGCUCUUACUGUGAUUUAAUGCUGCAUAAACCAUUGAAUGUAUUCUUACUAUUGGGUAAUCAUGGCUGCAAUCAACACUGAAUUUUAUUAUUUUCCUGUAAUUUAAUUACUGUUUUCAUGGAAUGUCAUUUAAUAGUUACAGGCAUUAAAGGCAUACUAUGCAGGACUUCUA